AUGGCGGCGAGCGCGCCGGGGUCGGCGAGGCGGCGGAUACACGAGCUCGGGAUGUUCGCGAUGGACAGGAUCGAUCCUCGAGAGCGCGCGCUGAAGGAGAUGCCGAAGAUACUGUCGAGCGUGGAGAUCGUGUACCCGAGCGGGGUGGACGUGGGGGCGGUGCGGAGGCUGGUGGAGCGAACCGUCGUCGACGGGACGAAGAACGCGCGCGCGGCGACGACGAUGUACGCGCUCGGUGCGCCGUUGAGCAUGCCCAUGUUCUUGACGCCGGUCAGUAACUUUCCGUUGUACUACUUUUUGUUUCGUCUGUGGUCGUCCACGCAGGCGACGACGAGUGGGAAGGAGGCGAUCAGAUUGCUAAAGACGACGGACGAGGCGGCGGCGAAAGCCGUCGAAGCCGACGUGCUCGGAUCGACUCGCGUCGUCGAGUGCAAGCGAUUGCGACCGAUCAACGUGUUGAAUAGCGACACCGGACGAGAGGUGAGCACGAUGGAUGAGCCGCACGCGAUGGCGUGUUGUCGGCUUUCCCAGCCCGGAGGCGAAAAGUUUCUGGGGGACGAAGGGCCGCGCGUGCUCUUUGUGCCGUGCGACGCGUUGGCGAAAGUCGUCAGAGAGUAUCACGGUGUCGACGACGCGACCGCCACGCAGCAGUGCGCGUCGGCAACGGUGGAGCGUCUUUUUGGGGCGAGCGGUGUGGUCGAUUUAGCGCGCAGUCACAAGCGUUACGACGAAAUUUAUGGCGUCAAGGACGAGAGCGCCUUGCGGUAG